AUGUCAGCAUUCUCUACCGGUUGUGCUCGCUCUUCCAAUACCAAGCUCGUGAGCCCGUGCUGCCUCAAAUACUCCUCGAGAGGCAAACUAGCUUCUCGUACGAGGCUCGUCAUGCUGACCACAUUCUCCCGGCUCGGAUGGCAAUUCAAAUCCAACCCACCUCCCUUCAACAAAGCCUCCGUGUGCUGGGCCCCACGCGCGAUCUCGGCCUCUUGGCGUUUCUUCUUGCGCAUCAUGAGGGUUUUGAAGCGGCGUUUCACGGUCGAGCAAACAUUGCACACGCAACUCGGCUGGUGCUUUCCCUUGCCGCUCGGCGGCUGUAUGCACACGAUGCACGAGCAGCCCGCCCGGUGCCUCGGGUGCUUUGUGGUGGCCGCAGCCGAUGACGUGGCGCCUCGUUCGCCCGUCUCGGCUAAUGAUGGGUUUGUCGGAUUUUGUGUGUCGGAAAUACUCGAGCUCGCUGGGGCUCAAUUCAUCGGGUGCACAACACGAGCAUCUAACACAGAAAGAACAGCAAUGCUCGAUAUGAAUAGCGAAAAUCUCUUUGUAUUUGAAGUGAAUAAAUGCUCAACCAAACCUUGUAUAAUCGUGGCACGUCCACUUGGGAGGGAGAAGGAUGUCGAUCGGCACUUUUCGCCAUUUGAAGCAACUAUCGCAUUGAGUCCACUGCUCGUGCUCCCUGAAUUCGACAGAUACACGAGCAACGAAAAUACUCCUCUUCGCGAAAACAGGUGGUUCCUGUAA